GGAUGCAGCAGCUGCCAUAUCAGGCAGGCGUCUCGCAAGGAGCGAACAUUUGCACUCUGGACUUUCUUAACAGCAGCCAAGAUGAAGUUCUUCACAUUUGGUUGGAUGCUGUCUCUGUUGCUGGUCGUUGUACUCUGCGCUGUUGUGAGUUCGAGUCCAACGGCCACUACAGAACCCUGCGGAGACGACGAGUUCACGUGCGCCAACAAACGCUGCAUCCCGACGCUCUUCAGGUGCGACGACGAUGAUGACUGUGACGACGGCAGCGACGAACUCGACUGCACUGUUCCUGGCAAAAGAUGCAAACUUAGACAGUUUGAGUGCGCCAACGGAAACUGCAUCAACAAUCUUUUCGUUUGCGACGCUGAUAACGACUGUGAAGACGGGAGUGAUGAGCGCAACUGCCACCAAUUGCCGUGCGACGACAACGAAUUUGCUUGUGCCAACACGCGCUGCAUUCCGACGCACUACAGAUGUGAUGACGACAACGACUGCGGCGACGGCAGCGAUGAACUCGACUGUCCUUUUCGGAAUUCCGGCGAUUUACCUGGAAAUCCGGGAGGCAUACGGGACUUCCGUACGUGUCGACACCGAGGGAUAUCUUAUCCAGCUGAGGACCAGCUGACAACUAUGACGCAAAAGCGCAUUCGUUUGAACUGGUGGCCGCAGCUGCUGCUGUUGGCUUGGCUCUGCGCAGCCGUCGCAAGCUCUGAGCCUUCCGCAACUUCCGCGUGUCCGGAGGGCAAGUUCCAGUGCGCCAACCUAGCGUGCAUCAGCAGCGGCUACGUGUGUGAUGGCGACAACGACUGUGGUGACGGCAGCGACGAGCGUGACUGUUCGUGCGGCGUAGAUUUCACGUGCGGGAGCGGCCUCUGCGUGCCACAGGAGCAGCGGUGCGACGGCGACAACGAUUGUGGCGACGACAGCGACGAGCGCGACUGUCCUGAGGGCACUUGCACCGCUGGUUUCCUGUGCGGCGGCCGCCGCUGCGUGCCCGUGAACUUCCGCUGCGACGGCGACAGCGACUGCGACGACGGAGAAGACGAGCUCGAGUGCGAGAACUACAACCCGUGCGAGGAUGAACAGCUGAGGUGCGCUAACAACCGCUGCGUGUCGGAGCGCUAUAAGUGCGACGGCGACAACGACUGUGGUGAUGGCAGCGACGAGCUCGGCUGCACUGUUCCUGGCAGUAACUGCACAAUAACUCAGCAUGAAUGUGACAACGGAAAAUGCGUCCCGGUCCGCUUCGUCUGUGAUGGCGACAAUGACUGUGGAGACCUGAGUGAUGAACGCAACUGUACUCUGCAGGGAAGGAGUUGCAGGACAGAUCAGUACGAAUGCGACAACGGUAACUGCAUCACGGCGCGCUUUGUCUGUGACGGCGACAACGACUGUGGAGACAUGAGUGAUGAACGCAACUGUACCCAAGCUGCAACGGAAACGUCAUGUGGGCCAACGGAGUUCAGAUGCGACAACGGUGACUGUAUAAGAGGUUCAUACCAGUGCGAUGGUGACAACGACUGUAGGGAUCUCACCGAUGAGCGCAACUGCACUGAUGAGGAGACGGGCUGCCGGCGUUCACAGUUCUUGUGCAACAACGACAGGUGCAUCAACAGAAACUUUGUGUGUGACAAUGACGACGACUGCGGUGACUCGAGUGAUGAACGAAACUGUACUCAGCCGGGAACGAACUGUACGUGGACUCAGUUCGCAUGCGACAACGGGAAUUGUAUCAACCUGAGCUACAAGUGUGAUGGCGACGACGACUGCAACGAUAUGAGUGACGAACAGAACUGCACCCAAGAGAACAACAACUGUGAUGUGUUGGAAUUCGCUUGCGCCAACGGACGCUGCGUGCGUUCGAGUUACGUGUGUGACGGCGACAACGAUUGUGGCGACUUCAGUGAUGAGACGUGCAAUGGAAACAGUGGCUUGAAUUGCUCAGAGGACGAAAUGCUGUGCAGUCACGGCAACAAAUGCAUCCGAAAGGCGUACGUCUGCGACGGUGACAACGACUGCGGUGAUAGGAGUGAUGAAGUCAACUGUACUUGCAGCCCAAGUCAAUUCACGUGCACCAGCGGACGAUGCAUUCCCGAACGCUUCAAGUGCGACGGUGACGACGAUUGUGGCGACAACUCCGACGAAGGCGACUGCGAGUGUGCCGAGGAUGAGUUCGACUGUGGCGGCGUUGGCUGCGUUCCUCUGGACCAUCGCUGUGACGGCCUGGCUGAGUGCCGAAAUAAAGCUGAUGAAACAAACUGCACGAAAGCUGAGUGUCGUGGCUUCAGCUGUGGCGACGGCAGCUGCGUGCCGCUCUCGUAUCGCUGCGAUGGUGACGACGAUUGCGCAGACUGGACUGACGAGCACGACUGCGUCACCGUAGUCGAAAGACAGUGCCCCGACUCUCAGUUCGCGUGCCUCAACGGCAGGGAAUGUCUGCCUGCCAUCCUCCGGUGUGAUGGAGGCCCUGACUGCUAUGACGCCAGUGAUGAGCGAGAUUGUACCCAAGAGCUUUGCCAGGGCUUCUUGUGCCGGAACGAUUCCACCUGCAUAACCACAUUGCAAGUCUGUGAUGAGACUGUUGACUGUCGUGAUGGAUCUGACGAAAGUGAAUGUUCAUGCAAAGAUAACUACAUGAAAUGCGAUAACGCGAGGUGUGUGCCUGAACGUUACCGAUGCGAUGGCGACAACGACUGUGGUGACAUGAGUGAUGAGCGCAACUGCAGUGGAUCUACUCCGUCUCCUGAAGGAAAUUGCAGCAACGACCAAUAUUCCUGUGCAAACGGGAGAUGCAUCAGAGGAAGCUACGAAUGCGACGGCGACAACGAUUGUAAUGACUGGAGCGAUGAACGGCACUGCGCGUGUUCCUCGGAACAGUUCAAGUGCGAGAACACCGGCCGUUGCAUCAGAAGGACGUGGCGAUGUGACGGCGAUAACGACUGCGGCGACAGCAGCGACGAGCGCGACUGUUCGGGCUCAUCGUCAUCCAACUCGAGCUGCAGCAGCAGCCAAUAUUCCUGCGCCAAUGGCAACUGCAUCACAGGACGCUACGAAUGCGACGGCGACAACGACUGCUCCGACUGGAGCGACGAGCGUCAUUGCGAGUGUACUUCGGAACAGUUCAAGUGCGAGAACACCGGCCGUUGCAUCAGAAAAGCGAGGCGAUGCGACGGCGAAAACGACUGCGGCGACAGCAGCGACAGCAGCGACGAGCGCGACUGUUCUGGCUCAUCGUCAUCCAACUCCAGCUGCAGCAGCGGCCAAUAUUCCUGCGCCAAUGGCAACUGCAUCACUGGACGCUACGAAUGCGACGGCGACAACGACUGCUCCGACUGGAGCGACGAGCGUCAUUGCGCGUGUUCCUCGGAACAAUUCAAGUGCGAGAACACCGGCCGUUGCAUCAGAAGGACGUGGCGAUGUGACGGCGAUAACGACUGCGGCGACAGCAGCGACGAGCGCGACUGUUCUGGGUCAUCGUCAUCCAACUCGAGCUGUAACAGCGACCAAUACUCCUGCGCAAACGGCAACUGCAUCAGAAGAAGCUUCGAAUGCGACGGCGACAACGAUUGUAACGACUGGAGCGAUGAACGGCACUGUGCGUGUUCCUCGGAACAGUUCAAGUGCGAGAACACCGGCCGUUGCAUCAGAGGGACGUGGCGAUGUGACGGCGAUAACGACUGCGGCGACAGCAGCGACGAGCGCGACUGUUCUGGGUCAUCGUCGUCCAGUUCAAGCUGCAGCAGCGGCCAAUACUCCUGCGCAAAUGGCAACUGCAUCACAGGACGCUACGAAUGCGACGGCGACAACGACUGCAACGACUGGAGCGACGAGCGUCAUUGUGCGUGUUCCUCGGAACAGUUCAAGUGCGAGAACACCGGCCGUUGCAUCAGAGGGACGUGGCGAUGUGACGGCGAUGACGACUGCGGCGACAGCAGCGACGAGCGCGACUGUUCGGGCUCAUCGUCAUACAACGCAAGCACAGACAGUAGCAGCAACCUAUAUUCCUGUUCAAACGGGAGAUGCAUCAGCAUCACAGAAACUUCUGAAUGCGACGGCGACGACUGCAACGACUCGAGCGGUGAACGGAGCUCCGAUGACACUUCAUGUCCUCGUAAUUUCGAGCGAGUGGCGGACAAGUGCGUGAUGUAUCUGAGCGAGGAGCAGACAUGGCGCUCUGCUGAGGACACUUGCAGAUCCAGAACUGGUCACCUCGUCACCUUCGCCGACGUGGACGAGCUCAUCUUCGUGCUGCGAUUCCUCACCCGGCCUGGACCUGCCACGAACGUUUUCCCGCCGCUGUGGGUUGGCAUCUCCGCGGAGAAAAACACCGACGUCCCGGACUCGGAGGAGCUGCAGUGGCGUUGGGUGAACGGUCGUGUCGAACCACACCCAUCUGCUCUGCUGGCGACGUCACGCCCAACCGAGGAGCGCUGCGGGUUCCUGGAUUCGCUAUCGUCGGCCUACAUAAGCCUCACCGUCGACUGCCGCGAUCGCAAGCGCGCGCUAUGCGAGGCUCCGCCGCUCUAACGACCAUCACGACCCCUGAUGAACUACGCAGAUUACCGACGCACUGGAACGCUCUAUGAGGAUCUAACUUCGUCUUAAUUUUAUUCACCUUGGACUUGAAUAUUCUCUGCAAAAUCACUUGCGUUUUUGCUUUAUUCCGGGCAGUAGGAAGCCACUUAUUUCAAGUAAGAAGCUCAGCCACAACCGUUGACCACAUUUGGCAAUUUUUUCACAAUUUACAGGCUUCUUAUCUCCAUAAUUUUGUUUCUCAUUAUCGAUUAAACAUGAAAUUUAUUAAUAUGAAAAAUACGUAUUGUUUUGCCCACAUAACGUUGAAAAUUAUGGUGACUAGGGAAAGAUUAUAUUUCUCAUAAAAUCAAAUUAAUUUCACUCAAAAAGUCAAAUCGGCUAAUUUCUUUAAA